CUCCCCGCCGGGAGCGCGCGCCUCCCGCUCUAGCGCCGGGUCCCGCCGGGUCUCUCACAGUGACAAGCUCCCCGGAGCUCCUUCCACGGCCGUCGCCUCGGCCGCGGCUUCCCAGCCCGGCGGCUCAGCCUAGGCCCCUCCGCGCCGCGUCGCAGGCCUCCUCCCCUCGUUCUGCCACUCCCCCCUCCCUUUCCCGCCCUUCUCUCCCACCGGGUCGGCGGGGAGAGCGCCGAGACGAAGCAGGCGGGCUUGAGGAAGGGGCUUGGAAAGAUGGAGGUGCCGCGCCUGGAUCAUGCCCUCAACAGCCCUACCAGCCCCUGUGAGGAGGUGAUCAAAAACCUCAGCCUGGAGGCCAUUCAGCUGUGCGACCGGGACGGAAACAAAUCACAAGACAGUGGCAUAGCAGAGAUGGAAGAACUUCCGGUACCACAUAACAUAAAGAUAAGCAACAUUACCUGUGACUCAUUCAAGAUUUCAUGGGAAAUGGACUCAAAAUCAAAGGACCGUAUUACACACUAUUUCAUUGACCUCAACAAAAAAGAGAACAAGAAUUCUAACAAAUUUAAACAUAAGGAUGUUCCAACAAAACUGGUGGCAAAAGCUGUUCCCUUGCCUAUGACCGUCCGUGGACACUGGUUUUUGAGCCCAAGAACUGAGUAUACCGUAGCAGUACAGACUGCCUCAAAACAAGUUGAUGGUGAUUAUGUUGUAUCUGAAUGGAGUGAAAUUAUAGAAUUCUGCACAGCAGACUAUUCAAAAGUUCAUCUAACACAACUGUUGGAGAAGGCUGAAGUCAUUGCGGGACGUAUGCUUAAAUUCUCUGUUUUUUAUCGUAACCAGCACAAAGACUAUUUUGACUAUGUUCGAGAGCAUCAUGGGAAUGCUAUGCAGCCCUCUGUCAAGGAUAACAGUGGUAGCCAUGGCUCUCCCAUCAGUGGAAAAUUAGAAGGCAUCUUCUUCAGCUGCAGCACUGAAUUCAAUACUGGAAAACCACCCCAGGAUUCACCUUAUGGAAGAUACAGGUUUGAAAUUGCAGCAGAGAAACUUUUUAACCCCAAUACUAACUUAUACUUUGGAGACUUCUACUGUAUGUACACCGCUUAUCAUUAUGUGAUCCUUGUCAUUGCCCCUGAGGGGUCACCAGGAGAUGAAUUCUGUAAGCAGCGCCUUCCUCAGCUCAGUUCCAAGGAUAAUAAGUUUUUGACCUGCACAGAAGAAGACGGGGUGCUGGUUUACCAUCACGCCCAGGAUGUCAUUUUAGAAGUCAUUUACACUGACCCUGUGGAUCUUUCUCUGGGCACCGUGGCAGAAAUCACUGGUCAUCAGCUCAUGAGUUUGUCUACUGCGAAUGCAAAGAAAGAUCCCAGCUGCAAAACUUGUAAUAUCAGUGUUGGACGUUAAUGCCCACUUUCUUACUAAGCCCCUUCCCUUCCCUUGAGAGCAUUGACCCUCUGUUGCCCAUUUCCAUGACCAGAUGUUUUCCACUGAAGCAUGCACAUGCCGCUGUCACCAAAAUCAGACUGCCAUAUUUCAAAUUUCAUCCAGAAUCGUCGUAGUGUUUCCUAUUCCCUACGCUUCCACUUUUGAUGAUGAAGUAUCCUACGUUCUCCUUCUGACACUUUAUUGCCUAGAUGCUGCAAAGUUUUUAUUUUUUUUCUUUUAUGCCAAACAUAACAAAACAAUUCUAUAUAGACCGCUUUAGCAAAAUAUCAAAUAAUGGCUUAUAAAUGGUGUUUAAAUAUGCAUUCAUUUUAAUCUACUGAACAAAUACUGGGAUAACUCCAAACCGCAUGAAUGGGUGUAAUUGCAGCAUGAGUUAAACCUUGAGACCUAGAAUUGUCAGCACUUCCAACUUGUUGUUUGACAGUGUUAUUUAUGUUAUUUAUAUUAGCUAACAGGAAACAACUACUGUGUUUCAACAUAAUAAAUAUAAUAGAAAAAUAUUUUAUUUGUAUUGUUGUAUAAAAUAUUUACAGUCAUAGAAUAUAUAGAGUGUUACAUUUUAAUAGCAAUUGUAUACAUGUCACGAAACCAUAUCCCUUAUCAAAGAUUUAGUUUGUAAACCUCAAAUAGUUGUGUAUUCUGUCCUGUUACAAGUAGGUGAUUUUGAUUAAACACAUUUAUGAAGGACAUUAUUCUGAUUCAUAAAAGUUACAAAAUGUCAGGUAAAUACAGAGAAAACAAUAAGCCCCUGAAAUAGUAUUCUUCCCACUCAAACUAUAUGAAAACGUUAAUUUCUUCAACAUCAUGCUUAAACAUACCAGAAAACAGAGAUACAAAAACAUGAUUGCUACAUGACAGAAAAUGUGGAUCUUUUUACUUGUUUUCACAAAAAAGAAAAAUAAUAAACAGGUGCUUUCAUACAAACUGACAGAAAACAUUAUAUGCUAAAGAAGAUGACGCAAAUAAAAUACUCUGCCUUAUUUUCUAAGAUAGCUCAUUUUCAAACUUUUGUGUUCAGAAACAAGAAUAAUUACAGCUUGUGAGAAGGCUUUUUUUUAACAAACUAUAGAUCUUGGAACAUUAAGAAAAAAUGCAUGUUCCCAAUGGAAAAAUAGUUCUAGGAUCUCAGAUAUAGUAAACAAAAAGAUUAAGCAAUCUUAACUGUGAUCACAUUAGGUAAUAUGUUACAGACACAUAGCUAUCCAAAAUAACCUAUUUCCAAAUUUUAAUGCAGUCUCUUAAUAUAAACAUCUGUCAAUUAUAGACAAAGAUAGUAAUUCACAAAGUACAUGCUAUCUGAAUGAACUUUGGUAGUCAGAAAUGUAAAAUUUCGAAUAACAGAUAAAAUAAUGUGCUAUUUUUUUAUAGAGAAAUAAAAAACUAGCGGUGACACAUUCUAGUAUAUUUUAGGGUUACUGAAAGCCUCAUAGACUUAAAGAACAAUGUCAGAGAUUUAUAAAAAUCUAUUAGAAGCAUCAAAUAAGUUACUCUCUUAACUAUCUGCAUCCCUUUGCAAAUGAACAGUAGCCAGAUUUCUUUCCCACUGACUAUAUUUUUUCACUUAUCAAUAUAAGCAAUCUUUAAACACUAAAUAGACUUUUUCCUAACAA